AUGGCCAGCUCAAGCCUCUCCAUUGUUAGCGACACCACAGCCGGCAAGACCAUCAGCAAUUGGAUUCAACAGAUCCAGGCGCUCCCUAGACCCGGCUCUCGUGCCACGGCCCUUUCGGCAACCGCAGCUUCUGCCGCUAUCUUGACGCUCUUGUAUUGGAAGCGCAUGGCGUCAAGUAGUCCAACACAGGCUCAAACCUCAUCUACUCAAUCAGGAGACCAUGACCCCGAACUUCUCAGGGAGAACUCUGAGGUGAGGUCUUUCACCACAAGUCGUUUUGUCUAUCCUGGCGUUCGCGUCUUCUUCCACCCCCACGUCAAACUUGAUGAGAUGCCAAAGGACCCAGCUCCUCUGCCGCUGCUGGUAUUCAUACAUGGACUUGGCGGCUCUGUGGCGCAGUUCCACCCCUUGCUUAAGAGCCUGACGCACAACUCCUCCUGCCUCGCAGUAGAUCUACCAGGAUGCGGUGUAUCCGAGUUCGCACCGACAUCAUGGGAUGCGUACACGAAUGAAGCGCUAGUCGAGUUGCUGGAGACGGUGAUCAACGAGUAUCGAGACAAGAGUUCUGGCCAGGGAGUCGUCUUGAUCGGCCAUAGCAUGGGCUGCGCGCUCUCAGCUCGUCUCGCAUCUCCUGGCUCAAGCCAGCUAGCUGAUCACGUAGUCGGUCUUGUGGCCAUCUGCCCACCCGCCGGACCGCCGACAGAGGCUCAAGUGAACAUGUUCAGAAAAUUCCUCUGGGUACCCACGCCGAUUUUCGACCUAUGGAGAGCCUGGGAUGCCCGAGGAGGGGCUGAGAGUGCCAGUGUUAGGAGAUUCGUCGGUGCCGAGGCAGAUAUCGAGUCGAAGCAGUCUCAAUUUCGCUUCAAUCGCCAGAGUAGGACUCCUGUAUGGCGGAGAAUGGCCAGUGGCACUCUGCCGGUGUACGAGAAUGGCGUCCCGAGGGGCGGCAUAGCAGGAAAAGAGGUCUGGGCUUCGCUCAACGUGCCCGUUUUCUUGCUCGGAGGCGGCCGCGACAAUAUCACACCCCCUCAGGAAGUUGACAAGAUCGCCGAGGUCUUGCGUACAGGCAGAGUUGUCCCAGAAAGCGGCGCAACUGAGAGCAUCCAACCCAUUGUGGAUGCUGCUGCUCCGAUUGAUACAACCGUGCAGACUUCAAAGCCAGCCGGCAGCAUCGAAGAGAUACGGGAGGAUGACUUUCACCGACAGAAAAAGAGGGCAUCCGAUGAUGACACAUUCGAAGAUCCUUCUACGCCCCAAGAGCCACCAGCCGUUGGCAUACCUUCUCAGCCUCAGCACCCCGACAAAGUCGUCAAAACCAUGAUUUUACCACGCGGGACACACGCCAUGGUCUACACCCAAGAUUGCUCCCACAUUCUCGCGUCUAUCAUUGCGGACUUCCUCUCGCAGCAUGUCACAGGCAGGCUUUCUCGGAGCUGGCAGCUGCAAUAUCUGAACAAGGAGUCGAAGUGGGAUGUGAAGAACCUGGCCAAGUGGAAAGGCGUCGAACCGGUCUCUAAGUCUAUCGCAGGCGUAUUCCGCGCGAUGAAGACUUUCCGGGAGGUAGACGACGAGCAUUCCCCGGUCAAGUUCGCUGAGAACUGGGGCGGUAUCGUGAAGGAUGUGAUUGACAUUUCAAAAGAUACGCCCAUGUACGAUCCGGCGGGCCUCGAGCGUGCCGGUGUGAGAUACCACAAGUUUCCGACGGUGUCGAAGAUCCCACCGACGGACAGCGAGGUGGAUGAGUUCGUCAAGCUCGUGGAUAGACUGCGGGAGAAGCAGAAGACCCGGGCGGCCGAAGAGGGUUGGGCCGAGAGCGCAGAGUACGCUAUCGGCGUCCACUGCCACUAUGGCUUCAACCGCACCGGUUACUUCAUUGUGUGCUACUUGGUCGAGAGGUGCGGGCUCGGGGUCAAGCAGGCUAUUGACACUUUUGCCGAGAUGAGACCUAAGGGUAUCCGGCACUCGCACUUCAAGGACCAGCUGUUUGUAAGGUAUUCCGAGCUGAGGUCGCAGGGCGCAUGA